AUGGAUUGGCUGCAGAUGAGGAGGGAUUGGCUUUGCAAGGAUUUGAACGCCAAAGUGGUCUCCGUCUCGCUGAAGGACAUCACUCCGGCAGAGCCCAAGGCCCAGGGCGAGAAGGGCGAUGCGGCAGGAGGCUCAGAAGCCCCCGCAGGACUCGCUUCAGGGGGGGGCGCCGGCGCCGCGGGCACAGGUGAUGCAGGGCCGCAGCGUAUCCGUUCCCGGCGGCGGGCUGUGCUCAUGGAAGCUCAGAGCGCGCCGAACGAGGACGAAGGCUACGAAGCACAGGUCCCUCGCGCGCUGCUGCAGGAGCUGGCCACUACCAGAGACCUGCGGACGCAAGAGCUGUCCAAGUUCCUGAAGCUGCAGGAGCAGGUCGUCCAGAAGGUGCAGGACGAAAAUGGCUCCCACAGCUGGGACUUCCGGCUGGAGGCGCAGUACUGCCUUUUCUUGGCCAGCCCCUGGACUGUCAUUCUGGAUCGUCUAGAAGAAGAUGUCGGGCACUUCUUGAAUGUCGUGUCCAGCCUUGAGAAGCUCUCCCUGGAGACUCAGCUGGAUGACAUUUGUGAGACGCUCAAGGACGCCCGGGAGCAAGCCAAGGAGAUGCACCACGCGCAGGAUGAGGUGCGCCGGUACAGGCUCUCGCAAAACGCCGUGCGGACCGAGAUCGAGUCGAGGGAGGCAGUAGUUCAGGAAGCUCGGGUGCAGGUUGAACACCUGCUGACGUCUCUGCUGCAAAAGAUUCGGAAGUGGAUGCAGCAGGUGGCUGCUUUGGAUUUGGACCAAAUCUUUGAGGCCAGAGCGACCAGACAAGUGCGCAUGCAGAAGAUGCAGCAGGAAAACGGCGUUGUCCAAAAGAAGAUCACGGAGACUGCUCAGUCGCUGACCGAAGUUUCCAACGAGAACGAGGAGCUGCUGACGGAGAAAGCCGAAGCUGUGAAAAUGGUGACUUCCGCCAACUUCUUGUCCAGGGCCGCGGCCAACCGGAGGAAGGCGUUGCAGGAGACUCCGGACGCUGACCAAGCAAGCCAAGGAGGCUGGAGUCUUGGAAGACAAGCAAGACAAGAGCGCAGAGCUGGAUGA